AUGAUGGACCCUAUUUCCCCUGUCAUCUUCACGAAAAUCGUCGAGGGCAUGUGCUCGGUCAUCAACCAUGUUAUAUCUGUAGGGGAAGACCGCGCAGGCUCCAAGAGGGCCUUCCUUACGCUAGUCAUGGGAACGCUCUCCGAGAUCAAUGCCAUGCGUGAGGAGCUGGGCGAUAGUCUUGGCCCAGUGGAUCGUGACCAGUACGCUCGUUAUGCUCUCGACACUGAGAAGAAGGUGGAGCGCUUGAGGGGAAAGGUGUUCGGCAAAUCUGCUGCCGAACGCCUUUACUUGAAAGCCACCAAACAGCAUAAACGACUCACUAAUAAGUCUAAUGACAUUAAGAGGGCUUCUCUUGCUGUCGCCAAAGUGCCUUCGACUCCAGUUCCUGGGAUGCCGCACGGGCACAGGAGUGCUGAUCAAGCUCCCCACGCCGCAGGAGAGCAUAUGCCCCAGCCAGCUCCAGCUCCUGGAAACGUACCUCUGAACGUCUCAAACGGGUUUGUGAACUUCGGGACCAUAAGCGGACCUGUUACUUUUGCACCCGCCCCGAUAACUGGAGAUGGAGGCCCAGUAUCUGGAUCUCAGAAUGAUCUGGCAGUACAAAGUGCGCGUUGGGAACAACUCUCCGCGAAUGUGCGCGAAAUCCGAGAGCAACUCAACGACCUAACUCGUGCCCCGUGGCAGCAUGGUGUUACCGACACUCCGACUCCAUCCGGAACGACUAAUGCGGCCUGCUCUCUCAAUGUAUCUGAAGAGCUCUCGGCUCGCGUCCGCGAGAAUAUGGCUGACGCGACGAGUUUGGUGCGUGAUGUAGCUGAGGAUUUGGACGCGGACUCGGUGUUGGAGGUUAUUCCAGAGGAUGAUUCGGAAAGCGGCGACUCUUCGCUUGAAUGCAGUGAUUACUUCUUCUCAUAUGGACAAUGA